UCAAGGGAUUCCUUCAUUCAAAAUUACAAAUUCUCUGCAUUCAGAGGUUUUUUCCAGCUUAACUUUGUUAAUUAACAAGAAAAUUUUGGAAAUGGCAAUCAGUAUGGGGCACAUCCUCCGUCCUAAGCAAGGACUCAGAAGGUCUUCUUCAAGAUCAAACAGAGAAAGUGAGAUUCCUAAGGGUCACUUUGCUGUGUAUGUUGGCGAGAGCGAGAAGAAGCGUUUUGUCAUUCCAAUUUCAUACCUGAAAGACCAUUCCUUCCCAGAGUUGUUAAGUCAAGCUGAAGAAGAAUUUGGAUUCGAUCAUCCUAUGGGUGGACUCACUCUACCUUUUCCUGAGGACACCUUCCUUGCCAUAAUCUCUAGUAUGAGACAAUGAGUAGAUCUUGAUAGGCUACAGUACACAGUUCUUUUAUACAGUACACAACUUAUGAUGUAGUAGUCAGUAGAACAUUUUUUGCAGGGGAAAUUACUCUUGUAUUGGUGUACAAUGUCCUUCGUUAUCCUAUCAGAUUGGGAAAUAUGAAUACUGAAUACAUACUCUUAUAUCCAUUUCUUACUUGUCUUGAAACAUUUCUGAGUGAUAGGAAAGGAAGUCUAAAUGUUCC